AUGUUUGUAAACUACCGAUCACCGCUAUCAGUUAUACUAGCCCUUGUAGUUGGGCUAGUAUUUUGGACGCAAUCUAUCAACGCACUCAAAGGACCCAAAAUCACUAACAAGGUAUAUUUUGAUAUUCUCCACGGGGAUAAAGAGCUAGGACGCAUAGUAAUUGGUCUCUACGGUGGUACUGUCCCAAUCACAGCAGAGAACUUUCGAGCUUUGGCAACCGGCGAAAAAGGAGGCGACUUAUCAUUUGAAGGAUCAAUCUUCCACCGUGUCAUCAAGAACUUCAUGAUACAAGGAGGAGAUUUUACAAAGGGUGACGGUACAGGUGGAAAGUCAAUAUACGGUGAUAAAUUCGCCGACGAAAACUUCAAGUUGAAACACUCUCGAAAGGGUCUUCUCUCUAUGGCCAACGCUGGAAAAGAUACCAAUGGCUCUCAAUUCUUUAUUACCACCUCCACCCCUGGUUAUCUUGACGGUAAACAUGUCGUUUUUGGAGAAGUUAUGGAAGGCUACGAAGUAGUUGAGCAAAUCGAGGAUGUUCCCAAAAAUGGUGAAAGGCCAAAAGAAGCUAUCAAAAUAGCUAAAUGUGGAGAAUUGCCUGUAGCAGAAGAAGAUGAGUUUGGAUAUGCCGAGUUCCAAGACGGAGAGGGAGAAGAUAAUACCAACAAUACUCCAGAAACUGCUAAAAUCCGGGUGACUUUGAGCUCAGGUGACACCGAGAAGAACACGUACUCUUUGUUAAAUGUAGGAAUAAUCUUGUUUACAGUUAUUGGAUUGGUUGCUUUCUACCUACGCUACAGAAAAAGAGGAAAAUGCGUCACGCCAAAGAGCUAUAUGUAA